AUGACUCUUUCCCCGGGCUCCGAUGUCGCUGCUAGCUACCUAGUUAGGAUGGAGAGUAAGAGGGAGAUGGACAUGGAGAGAGUAAGUGGGGGAUUACUGGGUGGAGGUUCUAGAUGUAUGGAGAGGAGGGAUGGAAGGGUGGAAAUUUUGGAUGAUUUGGUUUCAUGUGGAAAAUACCUAGAGAGGACAGGUUCUCGAGUCAUUUCAUGA